AUGAGUCUUCGGCGGUUCAACAGCACUGGUCCGAAUUCUGGAACUGUACACAGAUUAGGCAGUAUUUCGAGUGGUUCAGCUGCUGGAUUAGCCAAUGGUUCAUCUGGUUUAUUGGGUGCUAACUCAUCAUCACCCCGCCCAGGUGGUGGCACUCUACGUGGAUCAUCUCACCCAUCAAUUGUUGAUUUUAAACCUUCUGGUAAAGUAGUAGAUUGUACAGUCGUAAUGUUGGAUGGUACAACAAGAGAGUUUCGUUUAGAUAAAGCUGCCUACGGACAACAAUUAUUCGAUGCCGUUUGUACACAUCUUGGGUUAUUAGAGGUUGAAUUUUUCGGCAUAACAUAUUACGAUUCAACCAAUAAUUGGUUCUGGCUCCAACUUGAUCAGAAAAUUGCAAAACAAAUUGGUAAAAAUGAAUGGCAAUUUGAAUUUCAAGUUAAAUUCUAUCCAUGUGAUAUUGACUCAAUUAAAGAAGAUUUAACACGUUACUAUCUUUGUUUACAAGUACGACAGGAUAUAGUUAGUGGACAGCUUCCAUGUUCAUUUGUAACUUAUUGCAUUCUUGGAUCGUAUAUAGUUCAGUCAGAAGCUGGUGAUCAUGAUCCAUCCCAACAUAUUGGUAUAAAAUAUAUACAAGAUCACCCAUUCGCUCCUCAUAUGCUUCAAACAGCUGAAAUGUUAGGACGAAUUGUUGAAUUGCACAAACUUCAUCGUGGUAAAACACCUGAAGAGGCUGAUCGUUUAUUUUUAAAUAAUGCUCGUAGAUUGGCAUUGUAUGGUGUUGAUUUGCAUAAAGUUAAGACUUCUCAAGGUCAAGAUGUUACUCUUGGCAUCUACUAUGGCGGUAUCCUAUUAUAUCGUAAUCGUAUUCGUUUAAUGCGAAUUAGUUGGCCACGUAUUAUAAGUCUAUCACAUCGUGGACGUAAUUUCACCAUUUCACGACGACCUGGUGAUGAUUCAUUAGAUCGUAAUAUGACGUUCAAAUGUAUCAGUCCUACACUAGCUAAACGAUUAUAUAAUGUUUGUGUGGAUCAUCAUAAUUUCUUCAGACUUCGUGGAUCGUCCAGACCGAAAAAACCAAGUCUAUUUCCUUCAUUCGCCACUCGUAAAUAUCAUUAUCCUGGCACAACUUUGAAUUCAUCGACCGAUGUUGCUGCUGUUGUCGGUGGGCAUAAUCAAGGAUCUCGACCUUUAUCUAAAUUUCGUCCAAUGCCUGCUCAUCCUUCAGAGACUGGAUGGUUUACAAUUGCCAACCGUAAUGAAAUGGAUCAUAUGAAUGGUGCAGUAGCUAGUCAAUAUCAAUAUCAACCAGCUAUGGUUAGUGGUGAUCCGGCAUGUAUGGAUCCAACUUAUUUCUGUAAUCAAAAUAUAGUCAAUGGACAGCCUAUACCAACUGCUCAAGGUGUUCAACGUUAUUAUCAACCAGGCAAUAAUACUGCUCCUGGCAUGAUGAAUGGUCAUAAUAACGAUCAUGUCAACGGUAUGCUCACAGUGAUUACUAGAAUAUCAUUUGAACCGGAACAUUGGCGUAUCACUGGAGCUGAUUGUACAGCAGGUUUAGGAAUCGAUUCUCGAGGCUUAGAUGUUGCAUCUACACGUGGAGCUGGAUGGCAAGGUUGUAGAGCUAAUAAAGGUGUCAAAGCUCCAGGUGCAUAUUAUUAUGAAGCGGCUUGUUUAGAGGAAGGACUUAUACGUGUCGGUUGGUCGACUAAUGAUGCCGACUUAGAACUUGGCGCAGAUAAUUAUGGCUUUGGUUAUGGAUCCGAUGCUGUAGGCGCUGUUGGUUUAAAUGGAACUGGACGUGUAAUGCAUCGUAAUACUGGUCAUGAUUAUGGAAUAACAGUUCAUCAAGGUGAUGUCAUUGGUUGCCUAUUAGAUCUAGACAAAGGAUCUGUAUCUUGGUCAUGUAAUGGAAAAGUAUUUCAACGUGCAUUCACUAUACCCGAUCAAUUAAGGGGAGAAGCUUUCUUGCCAGCUGCUAGUCUAAAAGAUUCACGAAUCCUAUUCAAUUUUGGUGAAGAACAGCCAUUAGAAUUCCCUCCAGAUGGUCCGUUUAUUCCUGUAGCUCAAUCUGCUGAUGAUAAUCAAGUGUCUAAUCGAAAUCCUGGUUGGCGUAUGAAUCAAUAUGAUGCCACAAAUGCUUUAGAUGUUGCACCGGAUGGUAGUCAAGUUCAAUCACAUUUCAAUCAAGGUUGGCAAGGUUGUCGAUCGAAUCAUGGUAUUCGUGGUCUUGGACGCUUCUACUUUGAAGUUACUCCUAUUGAAUCUACUGGACUAUGGCGUGUCGGUUGGUCAACAGAUGAUGGCAACUUAAUUGUUGGCACAGAUCAAUAUGGUUUCGGUUAUGGUGCAGAUAAUGAAGGUUUCGGUUUGAAUGGACAACAAGGCAAACGUAUUCAUGGUGAUGAAAUUGAAAACUACGGUGAAGCAUUCGCCAAAGAUGACGUAAUCGGUUGCUUUUUGGAUACAAUUGAGCAUACUAUUAAAUGGUCAAAAAAUGGUUUGGAAUUUGGUGACGCUUAUCGUAUUCCACCGGAAUUGUUACAUUCUAAAAGUUUAACAGCAUUAUAUCCAACUGUAUCUUUAUUGAAUUCUACUGUGGAAUUAAAUUUUGGCGAGAAACCAUUUAAAUAUUAUCCUGGACCUGAUUGGACACCUGUAUGCUGUGCUCCUUCUGAAUGUACAAAACGUUCUAGGCGUAAAGGUCCUGAAUCAGUUGAAAGAAGUGAACCGCAAAUUGAUACAGAAACUUAUUAUGAUGAAAAUGGUAAAAUGAUUAAACGUACUGUGAAACGUUCUGAAGUAACGACUACAAAAACGGUCAGUGAACGGUUCAUUACAACAAUUGGUCAAAAUAUUCAUACUAAUGGACAUUCUAUAUCUAAUAAUGAUUUUGAUGAGGAUCUUAGUAUGGCAUUAUUAACCGUCACUAAAUUGGAUCCAGAUAUUUCAGUAUUAAAUAAUCCUGUUGGACAAGUGGAGAUUAAAACCAAAUCAGAAAGUCUUCUCUAAAUUGGCAAGGAUAAAUGAACAAAAUUUUUGCUUUUAUAUGACUAUGUAUUGAACCGGUGUUUAUAUGUGUAUUUUUCAUGGAAUAUUUCAAUUGUUUCAAU